AUGGCAUUUCCUGUUCGAAAUGGAGUAAAACCAGACUCUGCUUCUUUUGUUCCUUGGCGGUGCCCUCUGGAGACAGCGGCAGAGGGAGGAGAGCAGCGCAUGAGCCUGGAGUGCCACCUGAUGGCACGGGAGGCAAAGCGCCAGUUUUCUUCACCUGUCCUAGUCAGGGCUGAUACUUCUGGGACUGCUGUGGACAUCCUGAAGCAGGGGAUCAGCAGGAAGCACCAGCAGCUGGAGGAGAAGGAGCUCCUGGGGGUAAAUAAGUAUUUCAAAUGCAGUGAGUUUGCUAAAAAGGAAGAGAAGAUCUGCCUCCAGAGAUGUGGCUACAAGGUACAGCAGCAAGAGGAGGAGGAGAAACCACUGGCUGCAUCAAAUCCAGUGCUGGAACGUGAAGUAGCAGAGGACAAGUUACCAAUGACUCUUUCCAGACAGAAGGUUAUAAGGAGGUUACAAGAGAUUACCAGGCUGUUUGGAGAAACUGAUUAUGAUGCAUUUCAACGUAUGAGUAAGACAGAAAUUCUUGCACCUGAAGCAAAUAAGGGCCUGAGAAAUGACUUGAAGGCUGCUUUGAAUAAGAUUGAUCAGCAGUGUCUGAACAAAAUUGUAGGUGGCCAAGAAGCAGGAGGUGUUAACUCCCAGACUGACCUGAAAGUCCAUGAGGAUACUACAACUGAAGAACUAGAAGCUCUGGGAGAAUCUUUAGGAUGGGGUGAUGAUCACUAUCAUAUGGAUAUCGUAACAAAGUUCCUGAAGUUGCCUGUAGGAGUUUGGGCCAAGGAGCUGAAUGCCACAGAGGACUGUGUGAAAUGGGGAGUGCAGGGGAAGCUCAACAGCACCGCUCAGAAACAUUCCUACUUGAGGCCACUCUUCAGGACACUCCGCAAAAGGACACUUCCUGCAGACAUCAAAGAUUUCCCAUAUGUGGAAAUUAUUAAAUUCAUGUUGCAAAGAGAACAUGUGAAGGAAAAUGCCUAUCUCCAAAUGAUCAUUGGAAAUGCUCCCUGGCCUAUCGGUGUCAGCGUGGUUGGCAUCCAUGCACAGAUGAAGCAGGAAAAGAUUUUCUCCAAGCACAUGGCCCAUGUACUCCAUGCCAAAUCUCAAAGGGAAUACAUACAGGGGCUUAAGAGGCUCAUGACCAUUUGCCAGAAGCACUUCCCAACAGACCCAUCAGUGUGUGGAGUACAAUGUUCUAAAAAGGAAUCCAAGACCAAAUCAGGCCACACAGGGACUGAUGGGGAGGUGGCAGGACCUUCACACCCAUCAGAAGAGCCAGAGCCAGAAAUCAUCACUCGGUCUCUGUCCCUGGGUGAGCUGUGUGACCUGCAGAGAGGGUUCAUUUGCCAGGCAAAGGAGCCCAUCCUGACCUGGCUGCUUCGCAUCUGGGACACCACAGCCAGUGACACCAUUCUGGACAGAAGCAAGGCCAGGCAACUGGGAUCCCUGUCCUGGGAUGUGGUCAUUGGCCAGGGGGUCAGGAAAACACAGGAAACUCAGCCUCUGGCAGCAACUGCUGACAAGUGUAAGAAGGAUCUUUCUAAGAAGGACCUCCAGGUGCACCAAGGAUAG